AUGUUAUUGACUUCGACGACGACCGCCGUCGCGUUCGCGUCGUCUGCGAUCAUCCCGAUCGCGCCCAUUCGCGUCUUCUCCAUCUUCAUGUGCGCGAUGGUGAUCUUCGACUACAUCUACGACAUCACCAUUUUCGCGGCGAUGUUGGCGUGGACGCACGACGCGAGCCUGCGCGCGCAGAAUAACGGAGGGAAAGGCUACUCGCUCAUCUGUUUCGACCUCUUCGCGUUUUACGAGAAGAGAAAGGAACAGAAGGGAUCGGCGAAGGUGUCCGAGAACUCCGGCCUGCUGCGAUCGAAGACGAUCCACCAGUCCGCGGUCCCGCUCCCGGAGAAGGUGCUGCGGAAGAACGCGUAUCCACUCCUUCACGCGGCGCGGUGGUUCCUCGUCGUCACCUUUCUCGCCUUUAGCGGCGUCGCCGCGUGGCAAGCGUCGAAGCUCACCACCCCGGAGACGAACGAGGUCUUGCUCCUCGUGGAAUCGGACCCGGUGCAGAAGCACUCGUCGCUGAUGCUCACCGGGUUCUUGUCCUCCACGGAGUCGCAGUUGUGGGUGGCCGUCAUGUUCGGCCUCGUCCCCGGGGACGACGGCGAGUACACGGACCCUACGAAGCGCUCGUCGUUGAUGUUGGAUCCGACGUUCGAGCCGACGUCGACGGCGGGGCAAUCCUGGUUCGCGACGUUCUGCUCCGACACCGUGUCCGGGAUGUCGACGACGUCGUACUACACGCCGAUGGACCAGUUCAGAGCCUGGAUCGUCGCCGCGAGCGGCGUCGACGCGACGUCGUGCGGCUCCACGAAUCCCGGAUGGCCGUUGGCCGCGAGCACCGUGGAGCACUGCAUGAAGUACUGGGCGGACAAUCAUGACACCGAAUCUCAAAAGUUUUUCUACUACCCCUCCUCGGGCGAGCAGACGAACGCGAACGCGAAGAUUUUCGUCCUGAAGGCGUCGUUCGCGGCGUCCGUGCCGUUCACGUCCCCGCUCAACGUCCUCUUGGACGAAUACGACAAGUGGGAGGCGUGGGUGAACCCCCGCAUCGCCGCCGCGCCCGCGGGCUAUCAGGGCGGGUUCCAAACCUCGCAAGGGUGGUGGUGGAUGGACACGAUCGACAACAUGCAGAGAGGGGCGUACUCCGCCGCGGCGAUCACGCUGGGCCUCGCCGCGGCCGUCAUCCUCUUCGGAACCGGCAACGUCAUCGUCACGGUGUACUCCGUGACCGCCAUCGCCGCGAUCCUCUGCGGCACCGUCGCGUCCGUGAUCCAGAUGGGCUGGACGUUGGGUUUCCUCGAGGGAAUCUGCUUCUCCAUCCUCAUCGGUCUGUCCGUGGAUUUCGUGAUUCACAUCGGGCACGCAUACUUGGAGUCCGCGAAGCACUACGAGGAGCUCCUCGGCGAGAAGGCGUCCAGAGGCGUCAUGGCGAGAGAGGCGCUCGCGACGAUGGGCUGGUCCGUGUUGUCCGCCGCGUUCACGACGAUGUGCUCCGCCGUCGUGCUUCAGUUUUGCACCAUCACCUUCUUCGUCAAGUUUGGCACGAUCAUCAUGCUGUCCACGACGAUCGCGUGCGGGGUGACGUUCUUCAUGUUCGUUCCGAUGUUGGACGCGGCGGGCCCGACGGGACGAUGGGGGGACAUGUGGGCGGGCAUGUUGGCGCUCCGAGACAAGCUCAAGAAGAAGAAUUGAGUCGAUGAAUGACGCGGGGAGAGCGCGAGCGAAGAAGAAGGCGGCGCAUGCGCGAGAGUGUGUCUAUCUUAUACCUGUCUAUAUUUUACCUUCGUAUUACCUUCU